AUGGCUCCUCCCCUCGAGAUAUCCAUACCAACAACUACGACCUCAACCACUUCCCCGCCCUUCACAAUCUACAACAUCACCCUCCGCCUUCCUCUCCGCUCCUUCGCCCUCUCAAAGCGCUACUCCGACUUUGCAACUUUCCACACAACUUUGACGUCCCAAACAAACAGCGCGCCGCCACUGCCUCUCCCACCGAAGUCCUGGCUAUCAAAUACAGUCUCAAACGCUGACCUCCGCGAAUCACGCCGCCAGGGCCUCGAGUCCUACCUCCGCGCCAUCAACGAAGAUUCGGACUCCCGAUGGCGCAACUCACCAGCCUGGCGCGCUUUCCUGAACCUGCCCAGCCUCGGUAGUAACAACCAUAGUAACGAGAACAUCACCGCAUCUUCCGCGCGUCUGCACGCCGCAGCAACAGGACCGGGCCUUCUCAACGGAGAACCCAUUUCGGAUCCAACGUUAUGGCUAGACUGCUACCGAGACUUAAAAUCGCAGCUCCAUGAUGCGAGAUUACAUCUUACUAGACGGGAUCAGGAGACGACGCCUCAACGGCAACAUGAGAGCUCGGCGCGGGCGAAGAGCUCUCUUGUGCGUGCGGGUUCGCUGAUAUCUGCAUUGGAGGAUGGCCUGAAGCGGAUAGCCGAUAGUGGAAAUGGGAGUGCACAAGGGAACGGGCGGUAUACUAGCUCGACCUCGCUCGGGGAAGGCGAGAUUCGACGUCGGAAGGACCUCCUGAUCAACGCGCGGAAGGAGAAAGAUGGAUUGGAGGAUCUACUGAACGCCAUGGCGGCGAAGAGCAGAGUCGACAACGCCAUUGCAUCGAUCAAGGACAAAGAGGCGCUCAUUGGGGCAGCGAAUAGUGCGGGAGGUGCAGGAGGCAGUGGCAGGAGACCCGCAAGAUCGGGAAGGGUGCUUGGGAAGGAGACAGAGCGGACGCGCGAGCUGGACAACCAAGGUGUGUUGCAGUUGCAGCGGGAUACGAUGCAGCAGCAGGAUAUGAGUGUGGAGGAGCUGCUGAAGAUUGUGAGGAGGCAGAAGGAGCUCGGGAUCCAGAUCAAUGAGGAAUUGGAGGUGCAGAAUGAGAUGUUGCGGAUGGUAGAUGAGGAUGCGACGAGACUUCAGCAGAAGGUUGAUAUUGGCAAGAAGAGACUGGGGAAAAUCUCAUAG